AUGCAGCAAUGGAACGAAAACCCGAACCCGCCCUUGAAUAUGCUCAACGAGCCGUGGGGUCUGGAAUUCAGCCUCUACACAGGCGUUGCAAGGAGGGUGCCCCUUCGAGCCCUCUUAGAUGAAACUGUGGUUUCUUACCUUCAGACCAUAAUCACCACUCCGUUACUGGACGCCGAUCUCAUUGAAGGUAUUGGGCACGCUUCAUCCGACGAUGCUGCCAGCAGAAUCUACAAUCACAUCGCCAGAACCGUCGAGGGCCACCGACCGAGGUAUCAAAUUGGAUGA